AUGGCAGAAACAUUAGGGGCUCUCUUAGCAAAUUAUGCACGGAACAGGGCAAUGUGGAGACCGGAUGGAACAUAUCAGAAAGGAAUAUGGGACGAUAUCGAAGGGAUAUUCAUCGAGUUACAGGAGGCAUUGGUACAGCCGAAUCGAGUAAUGGAUGCACUAUGUAACAUAAUGGCUCAGGACCAGGACAUGCGGCGACAGAGGCCUAUGGUAAAGCUUAUAUGCAAGCACAUUAUAAGAAUAAUUUUUUUUGCAGAAGGAAUAAGUUUCAAGGACGGACACAUGGAAGUAAAGAAAGAUUCUGCCCAGGACGGCGAUCUGCGGGACUAUUUAAGAUGUAUGGUUGGACAUGUUGCUGCAAUAACAUUGUACAGCGGCAGCUGCAAAACAAAAGAGACUGUACGAAAGAUAAUUCACACAGUGCGCAUGUGGGGUGGGGAGGAGGGUAAUAUAGGGAAAGAGCAACAAUGUGCUAGGCUCGAUUAUGAUACCUUACAAAUAGGCUCCAAAUUUUUUGCAAAAACCAUGGGCGACUGGAUACGAAGAUGGGGAACAAGGAAUGGAGGACAAAUACGUGGACGCGCAGUGGAAAGUUCCUGUGAUAUAGGAAAUCACAGUAAUACAAGCAAGGAUAGGGAGCAAGAGGGUAGCGAGGAGCCCAUAGUUAAAAUGUUUCAGGAUAAUACUGCUGACGACGUAAGGGACAUGAUUACUAGGGGGGAAAAGAUUGAAGACGAGAACCGGCAAAAGAUAAUGAAAGAACUUAAGGAACAAGGGAUCGCGGGUGAUGAAUGGACCACACUGAUGGCAACGAUAGGGGCGACCGCCCCCAAACCCGCCCCAGCCAAACCCGCCACGACGAUUACUGUGCCGGCUGCAACAAAGGGAUCGACAGCAGGCAAGCAACCAGGAGCUACACCACCUAAGGUACCAGAGGUACCAGCGGCGGUUGUUCCUGAGAACAAACCUUCGGAGGGAGGUGCUGGGACAGGGGCAGGUACGGGAAGUACUGGGGGAGGAGAAGAUACUUCGAAGAAAGACGGAGGUAAGAACGCUGUAUCCCGAGAGAAUCCAACAUGUGUGAAAACCAUGGAAGACACGAAGGUUCACAAAACAUGGGACGGCAACCACCUUGUGAGCGUCGGAAUCAGUUUUGCAGACUACUCAUCCCCUGGAUGCUCAGGAAGUGGUACCCCAGGUAGUGGUCCUUCUGAGCAGACGACCACCCAGGACACACAAGACACAGUUUCAGACAAGGGACCAGCAUCUGGGCCACCAGCAGCGGCAGCACCGAAAGCAGGAGCCGAACCAGAACCAGCAACAAAAACAGGAAUAUCCAAUGGAGCAGUAGCAGCAACGCCCACUUCUCCGGACCCGGCUUCCAAAGCCGCAGGGAAACAGGAGCCGGACUCCAUGUUGUACUUCCCUAAUGUACGGAAUCCACCGCCGUGGUAUAAAGAAUUGGACGAAGUGGGCAAGGGUGUACAACCUAAAACUGAGAACUCAGUUUCCUCUGGUACAGGUUCUACUGGUAACCAAAAUCCUGGUUCCUCAUUCACUGCAGCGUUCGAUUUCGACCCAACACAUAUAACUCCACCAGGCAUAGGGAAUGUAGCAGGUGGCAUAGCACCACCAACAUUGAAAGAGAAAGACUACAGUUCACCGCCUGACAACCGGGGUGAGAAGCCAGGUGACUAUGCUGUCCCCGAUCUAACCAACACCGUCCUUACCGCCACUACUCCCGUACUGUUCUUCCUGUCCGCCCUCACCGUCGCCCUUCUUGGUUAUUCCCUAUGGAAGUAUUUUGCGUACCUCGCCAAACGACGACGAACAUAUCGAACCGUUCGUGACGUGCCGUCACCGCCACUCGACGAAGAAAUAUGGCAACAUCUACAACGCGGCGACCUGCCGCCACCCGAUUACGGGUACACCAUGAUUAAGGAUAGGCCACCUGCGUCAACAUCCGCCCGACGACGACGUCAUCCACGCGUGCAUACGCGCACGAUCAUCGAGCUACAUUUAGAAGUGCUCAACGAAUGUGAAGCACCCGAAUGGGAAAACGCCAAAGACGACUAUUUGCAAAUUGUCGUGGAGGAGUUUGCGCGUGACUUGCAGCAGGACGAGGAAACGAAUAACAAUAUCUUGGGUGUUUCUACCUCACACGCCGCUUUAGCAAGCCACGAUUCGACAACCGACCAUUCGACAAGCCACACCCGCCUAACGCGGGAUCCCACCGAAACGGAUGCAUGUCCACCACAUGACCCCGAUGCAUGGAGUUGUAUGGAAACUAGACAGUUAGCAACGGACCGUUGUCCCCCUAACGAAGAGGACCCCGAUCCAUGGAGUUGUAUGGAAUCCAUACAGUUAGCAACGGACCCUUGUGCACCUAACGAAGAUGACCGAUGGAAGUGUAUGGAAACCAUGCAGUUAGCAACGCACCCUUGUCCACCUAACGAAGAGGACCGAUGGAGUUGCAUGGAAACCAUGCAGUUAGCAACGGACCAUUGUCCACCUACCGAAGAUAACCCCGAUCGUUGCAGUAGUAUGCAACACAUACAGUUAGCAACGGACCCUUGUCUCCCUAACGAAGAUGAGCCAUGGAGUUGUAUGGAAACCAUGCAGUUAGAACAAGAAGACACUCCUUCUUCCCUUGCAUACUCUUCCCACCCCGGGAAUGAAUGCCCGAUCCGCGACCACACUAAUUGGAUUAACUGGAUUGACCGCAGCAAACAUAUUCUGCGGGAGUGCACGACGCAGCCGUGGUUUUUGCAAUUAAAAGCGCAUUGGAAACAAUACCUGAGUGAACACAUGGCGGUAAACGCAGCAUCCGGUGAGCACAGGACAGCCGCAACCAUGGAAACGCAGAAAUUGGAAGCAUGGAAAGCGUGGGUUGCCCAACAACAUCGGCAAAUGAGUACAUACAGUGAGCAGCAGUGCUUCCAAUACCUAUUGAGGAACAUAGAAGAGGAAAACACAUUACACGGGCAACGAGUGCGAGGAGCUAACAAAGAAACAGUGCAAGCGCCCAUCAUAUCCGGACUAAACACGGAAGACACCCACUUGAUGCCAGAAGUACCCCAUGAAGAACAUAUACCAUCCACCACCGUGAAACAGCGCGAACAGCAGGACCUAUAUCCGGAUAUAUAUAGGACGAAAUCGUUAACCGCUAACACAUGGAUACUGAUCCUGGCAUUAGUCAUAGAACAGUGCGAGGUCGAAUGUCGUUUGCAGGAUACGGAGUUAUAUGUAGAUGACCUAUUGCAAACGUGUUAA